AUGGUGAUGGGCGGGGCAUCAGAAAUCCUAAGAGUUUUCGAGGAUCUCGAGAGAGAGUCCGGGAAGAGCCUGGUCUUCAAUGCUGAGCCUGCCUGCUUUCCUGACACGGAAGGCAUUUGCGAGAAGCAUCCACCGGCAAAGUACCGCUGGCGCUUCUUGAACGCCGGGCUCAUGGUAGGCCGUGUACACGCAUACAAGAACAUGCUAAGGGAUCCCCAGCCCAUUGCUGUCAACGACCAGUGGUGGUUUCAAAUAUAUCGUCGGGAUCACCCCGACGAGAUCCUACUGGACACAUACUGCAACCUCACAUGCACACUGUACACCAUUGGUCAGCUAGGUGAUGGACUUGAGCUUCUGAAUGGUCGGGUCCAUGUGCGGCAAACAGAGACUUUGCCUCCUCUGGUGCAUUUCGUCAGCUUUGGUCACCGUACAAAAUGGAUAGAUGGAAGGCCUACUUCAUACUUGCAGGAGACCUUCAGGCAGCUGUUUCCGGAGCAUUCGGCCAGGCUGAUGGAUGGAUGGUGGUUAGGUGCCAACGUUGGUGCCACGCACGACCUUACCAUUUACGAAGGAGAGGGCCGAAGCCUCUUGGCAAUGAUGACUUCCUUUCUGUGUCUGCAGUGUACCUUCAGCGGUAUUGAAUCGGACGACUGCUAUGAGCUUCGGGGCACUGCCACCUGCUUUUGGAUGAACUCUUGCUGGUUUCUGGUCAUCCUGACUUUGGCCUUCCUUGUGUGGCUUUUGGUGUGGGGCCAGAACUUCAGACACCGUCUACAUGCUUUGUGCCUCACAGUGCGGUAUGCCCAGCUCAAUAACCAGAAGCCACCAGGCUUGGACUGCUGA